AGAAAGUCUUUCAGUGACUUGUGAUUCACUGAGCUGAAAACAGAUAUGCACAAACGAACACACAAUCCACACACACAGACUUGACCGAGGGUCAGUGUCACACCACAUUUGUAGAGAACGCAAAGAGAGAAGGACCAAAAACCUGCAUUGGGAUUUUGAUGGGACUUCACCGACUCACAUGAACAUCUCUCACAGGCAACACUCAUGGAGACAAAUUCAAGUUCCCCCCCGUUCCCUGGCAAUCACAGCACUUGUUCCCGUGACAACGUUGUGAAGACGAUGGUUUUUCCGGUUCUCUACUCCUUUCUCUUCCUAGUGGGGCUUGUGCUCAAUGGCGUGGCUGUUUGGGUGUUUUUUCGCAUCCCCUCAAAGUCUCACUUCAUUAUAUACCUGAAAAAUAUUGUUGUUGCAGAUGUCAUCAUGACCUUCACAUUCCCUUUCAAGGUAUUAUCAGAUUCCAACAUGGCUUCCACUGGGCUGCGUAUAUUUGUGUGUCGAGUCUCCUCAGUGCUCUUCUACGUAACCAUGUAUAUCAGCAUCCUCUUCUUUGGCCUCAUCAGCAUUGAUCGGUGCAUAAAGACCCUCAGGCCCUUCAGGGGGACUAACGCAGCUCGAUUGGUUCGUCGCAAGAUCCUUUCAGGAGCCAUCUGGACUUUCCUGCUCGUUCUCUGUCUGCCCAAUGUGAUCCUGACACGUAAAACACCAUCGUCUCCAUAUUUUAAGUGUGGGGACCUGAAGACAGAGGCUGGGCUGUACUGGCACCAGGUGGUCAAUCAUGUCUGUCAAAUUAUUUUCUGGUGCAACCUGGUGACGGUGAUAAUAUCCUACACUCUUAUCACCAAAGAACUGUACAGGUCCUACUCCCGCAGCACUGGAGGGACCAUAAGUCGAGCAACAAGUGGGGCAUCAACUCGGAAACACCACCAGGCCAAAAGAAAAAUGAAUGCUAAUGUGUUUCUGGUUUUGGCCGUGUUCUUUGUGUGCUUUGUGCCGUUUCACUUCGCCCGCGUGCCGUACACCAUGAGCCAGACCCAAGGGGUUCUCUUUGAUUGUAAACUCAAACUCUUCUUCUUUCAGCUGAAGGAAAGUACUCUCUUUCUCUCAUCCUUAAACUCUGUUUUGGAUCCUCUCAUCUACUUCUUCCUCUGUAAGUCUUUCAGGACCACCCUGUUCAAGACCCUGCAGCUGGCUCCGGGUACCUGCAGCAGACUCACAGGGAGGGGCUCAGAAAUGGAUACAGUUAGCACUAUUCUGAAGAUGAACAACACGCUGCCAAACACUUCCAGCAAGUGUGAUCGGGAUACCAGUGUGACAGCUGUGGUUUUCCCCUGUCUAUACAGCAUCUUAUUUAUAGUUGCCCUGAUACUGAAUUCCCUGGCUGCAUGGAUCUUCUUCAGCAUCCCCAGCUCAUCAACAUUUGUGGUCUUUCUAAAAAAUGUGGUAGUGGCUGACUUGCUGAUGACCCUGACCAUCCCUCUGAGAGUCUUAAGCGAUGCUGGUGUGGGUUCCUUGCAUCUUCGCGCCUUCCACUGCCGAUACUCUGCAGUACUCUUCUACAUCACCAUGUACAUCAGCAUCCUCUUGCUAGGCCUCAUCAGCCUGGAUCGCUACCUGAAGAUAGUCAGGCCAUUUGGGAAGUGUGCCCUGCAGCGGGUUCAUGUUGGUCAGGUGCUGAGUGCAGCUGUCUGGGUGGUCAUGCUAGCGUUAGCAUUACCCAACGUUAUUCUAAGUGACCAGCCUCCACACAGCCCUGGAGGCAGACUGAAGUGCACCUCUUUGAAGAGCAAAGCUGGUUUGCUCUGGCAUGAAGGAUUCAACUACUUCUGUCAGGUGGUUUUCUGGGGCACGCUGGCAUUGAUGGUGGUUUGCUACACGUUCAUCAGCAAAAAGGUUUACGAGUCAUACAAAGCCUCAAAGAGCCGAUCUCAGUCAGCCAGUCGCAGAACCAAAGCAAAGGUGUAUGUGGUUGUUGGGGUUUUCUUCAUCUGCUUUGCCCCAUUUCACUUUGCCCGUGUCCCUUACACUCUUACCCAAACAGGCAGCAUGCGAGUAAUUGCAGGGCAGAACGCUCUCUACAUCGCAAAGGAAACUACCCUGUGGCUGUCGGCCACUAAUGUGUGUUUAGACCCACUUAUCUAUGUGUUCCUGUGUCAGGUGUUUAGGAGAAGACUGACAGCCGCACUCUGUCGUAAGCCGUUCAACAAAGGUGCCAUGGAGUCACCAACGGCAACAUCAACUCAACUGGAGAUGUCACAAAUGGCCCACAGUAACAGACUGUCAUAUAAUGGGGUCCUAAAGUCACAAGCUGGACAACGUACAAUGGGAAAUGAAUAAUGAUGAGAUCACUGUCUGAAUUGUCAACAUGUAAAUAGCAUUUUAUCUUGAUCAGAGCAUUUGUCAAAAAUGUUUAAAAGGAAUGCAACGUGAUCAAAAUCUGUCGGAUAUUCAAUGCUUUGUAACAGAAAAGGGUAAAACACAUAGGGGUGCAUUUUCUCACCAACAAGGCUAUUUUUGAUACAGUACUGACCAAGCAUUUCUUCCCCAUGUUUGCUUAAUCAUACGAAAUAUUGCCUCAAUUGUGUUCACUGUCAUUUUCUACUUCCUUUUGUACCCUUAUCUCGUUUGAACUGCACUUUCCCUUCACGAAAAUGUUGGCGAAAGUCUUAUCAUCUUGACAGCACAUAUUCUCCAUCAUGCACAACAGUGACCAAUUUAUAAGAAAAUAAGGACUGCAAUAAACACUGCUUACAGCUCUAACUUCUUUGCAAUAUAAAUAAUAAUAAUAACAUAAUAAAAUUAAUAUUUUUUUAAUAC